AUUGAAGAAAUGGCUGGAAUGGAUGUUCUCUGCAGUGAUAAAACCGGAACUCUAACCCUUAACAAGCUCUCUGUCGACAAGUCCUUGAUUGAAGUGUUCCCAACGAACAUGGAUACUGAUUCAGUUGUAUUGAUGGCUGCAAGAGCCUCCAGGAUUGAAAACCAAGAUGCCAUUGACGCUUCCAUCGUCGGAAUGUUGGGUGAUCCGAAAGAGGCGAGAGCAGGAAUCACAGAGGUGCAUUUCUUGCCCUUUAACCCUGUAGAUAAACGUACAGCCAUCACAUACAUCGAUGAAAGCGGAGACUGGCAUCGGAGCAGCAAAGGAGCUCCUGAGCAGAUCAUUGAACUCUGCAAUCUCCAAGGAGAGACUAAAAGAANAAUGGACAGAAAUAUCUUUGGUUCUAUCUAA